AUGUUGCGCGUCCACUCCAAAAGCGCUUUUUCUUGCGAGAUCGAAGCUCCUAGUUCUUGUAAUUAUCGCAUAGAUGUCGAUUGUGAUCGGAUAAUAUGGACAUGUUGUGAAACACAGUAUUCUACCAGGCGUGAGUUCCUGGCGCAUCGAAUGAGUAACCAUCUUGCUGAGUUCGUUGACGGUUCCCCUAUAAGUGAAUAUCAGGAGUGCCAGCCUGCUCCACAUCCGAACGAAUCGCCUGACAGCAACAUUGAUUCCGGUGCCGAGAUUGGUAUGGAAAAUACCGACGGCAGUUCAAUGUAUAUGGAUCAGAUGGAAUCCACAUCGGAUGGCAUUAUGCAGGUUGUUGUUCCUGAGGAGAUCAUGGGAGACGGCGGAGACUUCUAUGUUGUAAUCGACAAUAAUGAGCAUUUGAAUGGUGAAGGUGUGAAUGAGCAGUUAAGCAAUGGCCAACAGCACCUGCAAAUGCAUCCCGAUCAAAGGCUCUCAUCGUCUAAUCUUUUGCAAGAAAUUCUCAUUGAUGAGCACCAUGAGAAUGGAGGAGCAUUCGUUGAAAUUACCGCUGAGCAAUACCAACAGCUGCGGUUACAGUAUGGUGACAGCCUUGUUGACAUGGAUGUAAUAUAUGUAAAUGAUGAUGUCACUAAAAACGAGUUGGUGCAAGAUUCGGAUGACCGUCCAGCAGAAGCUCUCCACAGCUGA